AUGAGUACUCCUCGUGAAUUAUUUGAUAACUUUAGAAUAAUUUGCAAUAGUUUAAAUGAGUUAUAUGAGUUCGACGACAAUAAACCCACAAAUUAUUCACCUGAAAAUAAUAAUAAAAAUUUAGUAGAUGUCGUUAAGGAUAUGCUUACUGGUAGUAACCGUAUUAGCAUUCCUCAAAAUAUGUCCUUAAUUGAGGUCUUCAAUAAAUUUGAUGAUUUAGGUUUGUUAGACGAGACGGAAGUAAUUCAUUGUAGUUAUCGCAAAAAUAGAAAUCGUGACGUGAAUAGAAAAAAAUUCAGAAAUGGAAACUUUAAAAAUUCUGGAAAUAAAAAUUUCCAAUCGCAUUACCGUAGUAACGAUCCACAACCAAACAGUGAUUAUAAUAAUUUCAAACCAAAUCGCUGCAAUAACAAUUUCAACCAUGAUAAUAAUAAUAACAAAAAUAACUCCCAACGAAACCAAUACAACCAUUCCAGUCGUACUAAAAAUUAUAAUUCCAAGCCAACCGACGACUAUAAUCAAAAAUAUUCAAAUUAUAAUACAGACAACUCAGGACAGUUUCUACGAAACACAAACUCAGAACAGUGCAGAAAGUUCGAUAACAAUAGCUCUGAAAAUAGUAAAGAAUCUAACAACAAAAACUCUAGACAAUUUAAAACAUGA